UUUCCAUAUAAUCUACUGUUACACCAUGAGGGGUUAAUUAUACAAUAAGCCAAAUACUAAUUUACUAAUUUCUAAACAGUGUCUAAUAUAAUGCAGACACUAGAAAUAGGAACUGAUACUAGGCCUGCAGGAUGGGGUGACCUCACUCCAUGCAGUUGGGAGAAAUCAGGAACUCGUAGCAAGAGAACAGGUCAAGAUGACCUCGUACCAGACACCAGGAAGACGGGAACCCAUCAGAUAACCAAUGCUUCUUUUAACUUUUGCACAACAUAAAGGGGGGGGACAUGUACUCACUGGCUAACUAGAGCAAAUGUCGAAAUAUGUUGUAGUCACGUAGAUGGGAAAAGUACAGAAAAGGGGGGCCAUACCCCAAAAGGCCUAUAAAGACCCAGAGCCGACACCUAGGGUUCGAGCUUCUUACUGUACAUGCUGAAUGUAUGUCAGAUGGUUGCUCCCUGAUUGCAAUCUGAAUAGAGAAUAAACUGGUGACUUGCACCUACUCCUCUACUGUGCUGUGAAUCUCUUCUCAUCAACGGACCCGGCGGAGUUCGACUCCAACCAUGUUCUUGGGGUGUGGUCUGAUGAUGUCCUGGUCCAGCACUCUGACAACUAUACAACUAAGAGUGAAGCCUGUUCUACUGUGUCAGAUUAAUAACCAAAAACCAGCCAGCCAUGCAGCCAGGGAUCAUAGCAAAGACUCGAGGACUACAAGCACCAGGGAUCAUGGCAAAGACGCAAGGACUACAAGCACCUGAUCCAGAUUCUAAAGCAGAAAAAGAAAUCCCCACCCAGGCAUACAAGACCAUGUGGAACCACCUUAACAGCAAAUUGAGAAGACAACCAGUCAUAGGUCUUAGAGCUAUUGUGGAGUACCAUGAAGAUAACCAGGCUCCCUACAUGAUGUGUGAGGCUUGUGCAGCACGGAUACCACAAGGGUUUAUUGUUGGGCACCUGAUUAGCGCAGAACAUCGGUACAAGUACAUUAAAUCUCUACAUCCGAAACUGAUCAAUGGCUGGAAGGAUGACCCAGAUUUCUCAGAGUAUCAGGAUGCUCUUGAGGAGAAGGCUAAAUACCUAGAGAUGAAAGAGGGGCUAGGGGACAUCCAGAUAAUGAAAAAAGGGAAGGCUGGUUUUGAACUAGUGGUUCUGCCGUCUUCUGGCAAAUACCAGAUGCAUGGGUGGAUAGGCCCAAAAACAUCUGUUAAAAAUCUACCAACAAAAAGAGAGCAUGAAGACCAGAUGCAUGGCUGGGCAGGCCCAAAAACAUCUGCUAAAAAUCUAACAAUAAAAAAAGAGCAUGAAGCAGUCAUUGUGAAAGAGGAACAUGUGGAGCAUCAUGUAAUCCAUCAGUUACCUGCCUCACACACUGGGAGUGCUGACAGCCACUUGGCUGUUCAGCAGAACUCCUGUCCAUACUAUGGGAUGACUAACAGAACGGAGCCUGUGGCUGCAGAAGGCACUUGGCCCAAAUUGGGUCCAUGCAGACAAUCUCUCCGAUCAGCUUUUGCCUCCAAAUACCUGAGUGGCAAAUGGACAAAAAGGAUUGUUGGUUUGAGAGCUGUGGUUGAAUGCCAAGCUGCUAAGGUGCCUCCUUUUUAUGUCUGCAACGUCUGCCGUGUCAGAUUCUCCUCCUGUGACGUCUUCAACCAUGUUCAGAGCAACUCUCACUGCUGCUCUUAUAUUAGAUCACAGUACCCUCACCUCAUGGAGAAAUUUGGAGUUGGGGUAAAACCCAUCAAGCCAAUUAUCCUUCGUUCCAUUGCCAAGGAGCUGUGUAGGACUGAGAGUGUGGGAGAUACUCUGGUGAUAAAGCUCGAUCUACCCACCUACCAGAAACUACAGAAAAUUUCGACCAGGGAAGCUAUGAAUGAACUACAGAUUAUGUUGAAGAACCAGGAUUACCUCCAUGAUGCUGGGAACCUAAAGAAGACAGCAGACGCAUUCCAGGGACAGAUGAAGGUGGAGGAAAGAGCUCUACCUGCAGCUACCCAAAGAGCUGAAGUGAGCAGUGCUAAGACGCAAAACCCAGCACUUUCACCAGUACGAGGUCAAGUGACACGCCCACCUGCAGAAGACCGGGCUGAAAAUGUACAAACCAAAGAUCCACACAUGCCUGUAGUGGGGAAGACAUUACCAGGACCUGCAGAAGAUAUAAAGAUGGCCAGUGAUUCAGAGAGGGAAGCCUUUGGUCCAGGUGGCUGGGCAAUGUUAGCCCGGCAUCUUGGAAAAUUUGAUAUGAAGAAAGUAAUCACCAGAGAGGAGGUCACCUCUAAACAUUUCAUCCUCCCAGCUUCUGUUGUGGACCCCCAGUUCCUCCGGAUAAAAAAGACUGGAGCUCCGGUGGAUGAGAGCCACCUGGCCAAGUUCAUGCUGCCCUUCCUGAGUGGGAAAGCCCUCCCCGUCGUUGGGCUUGGGAAGAUCGUGGAGUGUCGCAGUUUCAAAGAGCCCACUUUCUACUUAUGCCUAAGCUGUUCCCUAAAGCUGGAAAAGGCCAACAUUUGUGGACACAUUGUUCACUGGCAUCACCAGUAUUGUUACAUGAGAUUGGAACAUCCCCAUCUCCUGAAAGGCUGUGAUGAGGGGUCCAGUGUGGUGAACACCACAUACCUGGUGAAGCUUGCGCAGGCUUUGAUGAGCACAGAGGGCAUGGGCCGCGCCCAGGUCAAAAAGCUGGAUAGAAACUUGUACCAGAAGGUGGCGCCAGCCUGCUUUGACACUGCCCUGGAGAAGCUGAAGAUCCAGAGAGAUCAACUCCAGGGUGAACUGCAACCCCAGAUGACCUCUAGACCAAGGCUGGGUUUGAGCCGCAGAUAUCAGUCCAGUGGCAGCAGUCAUCUAAAGUACCCAUCCCAGAUCCAGGAGGACGAAACAAGCCUCAAGAAUUAUCUGGCUUCUUGGUGCCAUUUAAUUGUCACUAAUCUUUUUCAAACACACACACACAAAGGAGCAGAUGGUGUGCAGCAAAAGGCUUUAUUAGGAAAGCGGACCCUGCAGGAACGUUUGUCUAGCUUAAGGGAAGACCCUGGUGUGCUGGGACUUCAUUUUGUGCUGGAGUGUCGCUGCCUGUAUGACGACUCCUGUCCGUACUACUACCUGUGUCAGACCUGCUCUCUCAGGCUGGAGGAGGAUCAGAUUGUGGAGCAUCUCCAUAGCUCACUUCACCAGUUCUAUUACAUUACCUCUCAUCGGUCCUGGGUACUAGAGGCAGUGAGAAGGACAUCAAACCAGUUUUUACUGGGUAUCAGUGAGCUGCUGAAAUUGGCCACCAUGAAGUUGAGGGAGACUGAGGGUUCUGGCGAUGUCCAGGUAACUACGACACGUUCUCAGGGCGGGAGACUGAGGGUUCUGGCGAUGUCCAGGUAACUACGACACGUUCUCAGGGCGGGCCCUUGGAUGCGGAGUCUUAGUCGUAACGCUUCAUUCUGAAAGGACACCUUCAUUUGUCACAUACAAAUAUUUAUAUUCUAUUUAUUUCUCGUUUGCAGUUUGCACUAUAAUUAAUGUUUUCUGUGACAUAACAGUAUAAACCAAUGAUAUAAACCAGUGAUAUACACAGAGCCCUGGAGGGGCCACGGACAUAUUUUUAAAAAUAAUUACAUGCACACAAUGUACUAAAUCGUGUGCAUAUUUAUUAAUUUAAUAUGUCCAUGAAAUAGGGCCGUACAGGGGUUAGUACUGCGGCCUCACACCUCUGGGACCUGGGUUCAAGUCUCCACCAUGGCUCCAUGUGUGUGGAGUUUGCAUGUUCUCCCCUGGAGAGCCUCCAGGAUAGGCUCUGGACCCCCUGUGAUCCUGACUAGGAUAAGCAAUUACAGAAAAUGGAUGGAUGCCCAUGAAAUUAUAGGUUUUGCUUAUGAAAUCCUUAAAAUGUCAUAGAAUUUACUGUCUUUAUGCUGUUAAUUUACUGUUUAGAGCUGUUUGUGUUUUUGUGAAGUGCAUGAAUAUUAUGGACUAGUAUUUAAAUUAAUAUUAUGGAUACAGUAGUAAAUUUAUUCACUCAAAUAAUAAUGCAUGUGUCUACCAUUCCAUAUUGGUCUUAUUCUGCUCGACCUGCCGCGAGUCUAAAAUUUUCAACCAGCUCUCUGGUGAAAAUAUGGGGUUAUGGCAAUCUAAUUCUUAAUAUCAUUGACUGAGACUGAGGGUUCUGGAAAUGUCCAGGUAACUACGACGUUCUCGGAUGGGGGGGGCUUGGAUGCGUCCCUUUCUGGGACUCAUGCUGACACACCACUGUCUUACAGACAUUCUCGGGGGGGCUUGGAUCCGUCUUUUUCUGGGACUCAUGCUGACACACCACUGUCUUACAGACAUUCUCGGGGGGGCUUGGAUCUGUCCCUUUCUGGGACUCAUGCUGACACACCACUGUCUUACAG